UAUAUUCCUGAGAUGGCACAAUGCAAAUAUGCAUCUACAAAGCAGACGACAAAUGCAGCACGUUUAUCACGUGUGGUAAUAGACGUAUUUACAGACCUUUUCCGGGAAAUUUUGAAAUUGCACAUUACAGAAAUUCAAUUCCCUUUUGUUCUACAAGAAAAACGAGACAAACUAUGUGCUAUACUAAAUAAAAAUCAGAAGGAAUAUUUGUAUCCAGUAAAAGAUUUAUUUACUGGUACAUAUAAAGAAUUUGACUUGUCCUUACUUUACAUUCUCAUCCGUAAUGUAAGUGGCAUACCAUCGCACCAGCAUGGAUGGGGAAAAACUCCAAAGCCAAGGGACCGAAGUGUAUCUGCCAAUAUUGACCGUGUUCGAGAAAUACGGAAUAAGAAUUGCGGGCAUAGCGGGAGUGCAUCACUUGAUGAUGGCGAUUUUCAUAGAUUAUGGCAGGAAUUGCGUUUUAUUAUAGGAGAAAUUGAAGCAGCAUUGAAGUUAACAACUUACACAGAUGCUAUAAAUUUCUUGGAAAAUGAAACAAUGGAUCCCGAGCAACAAGAAAUGUAUCUCUCCAUUAUUGAUGAUCAACAAGUUACGAUAUCUGAUGUUAAAGGUACACAAGAUAUAUUAAUGAAAGAGCAAAAAAGACAGAAUCAAGAAAUUGAAAAACAAGGAGAAAAGCUCUGCAGACUUGAAAGGCAAAGUAAGAAAGCAAAUAAUGAGCAAAGAAAAAAACCCACAUGUGUUGUAUUUUUGAUAUGA